UUCGCCCUCCCCUUCGCAUUCCCCAAUGAUAUCACCGCCGUCGGCCAGACGAUCUCCAUCAGGACGGACGGCGCAGACUUCGCGACGCUCGCGAUCUCCAAGGGCCCAAGCACGACAGACGUGGACGCGCGCGCGAUCCACCUCGCGUUCGCCGGCGUGCCC